GCGGCGGUGACUGCAGGAGGCGCUCCUUCGGCCGCUCGCUCUCUAGCAGCAUGGCAGCCGCGCUGGUGCUCCGAGGGGCGGCCAGCAGCCUGCUGGGCCGGGGCCGGCGGCAGGGCGCGGGCCAAGCCGGCCUCGCGGCGGUGUGUUCUAGGUCAAUGGCUUCCAAGACUCCAGUUGGAUUCAUUGGACUGGGCAACAUGGGAAAUCCAAUGGCCAAAAAUCUCAUCAAACAUGGAUACCCUCUUGUUAUUUAUGAUGUAUUCCCAGAAGCGUGCAAAGAUUUCCAGGAUGGGGGACAGGUUGUGCCUUCCCCAGCAGAUGUAGCAGAGAAAGCAGACAGAAUUAUUACCAUGCUGCCUUCCAGCCAGAAUGCAUUAGAAGUUUACACGGGACCUAAAGGGAUUCUCAAGAAAGUGAAGAAAGGUUCUUUAUUAAUAGAUUCCAGUACAAUUGACCCUGCGGUGUCCAAAGAGCUGGCAAAGGAAGUUGAAAAAAUGGGAGCAGUUUUCAUGGAUAGCCCUGUUUCUGGUGGGGUGGGAGCUGCUCGAGCUGGGAACCUGACAUUCAUGGUAGGAGGGCUGGAGCGAGAGUUUGCUGCCGCCAAAGAACUGCUGGGAUGCAUGGGAUCCAACGUGGUGUAUUGUGGAGAUGUGGGAAAUGGACAGGCAGCAAAGAUAUGCAACAACUUGCUGUUAGCCAUCAGCAUGAUCGGGACUGCUGAAGCAAUGAAUCUUGGAAUCAGGUUGGGUCUUGACCCAAAACUGUUGGCCAAAAUUCUAAAUAUGAGUUCAGGUCGUUGUUGGUCAAGUGACACUUACAAUCCUGUCCCAGGUGUAAUGGAUGGAGUACCUUCUGCUAACAAUUACCAGGGUGGAUUCGGAACUGUGCUUAUGGCCAAGGAUCUGGGCUUGGCACAGGACUCUGCUACCAACACCAAAAGCCCAAUCUUUCUCGGAGGCCUGUCACAUCAGAUCUACAGGAUGAUGUGUGCCAAGGGCUAUGCCAAGAAAGACUUCUCCUCGGUCUUCCAGUUUCUCCGGGAAGAAGAGAACUUGUGAACUGGCCCUGGCAGCCAGUGCUGGUAGACACCCAGUGCUUUCUGGGAGCCUUCUUGUAGCUUACUCCACCUGUAAGUGGGUCUGAUCAGAGGUCGUGAGUCUGCUUUUGAUUGUCUGGAUCACAGGGGUCUAGAUAUAGGAAAUUUUUCAUCCAUUUAAAAAAAACCUGCUUCUUUUUAGUUCAUUUAGUGACCAUGUCAUCAUUAAAGAAGUCUGUAUUUUAAGGGCCACUGUCGGAGGCACACCAAAGCAAUACCAAGCUUUAAAAAUGCUGUUUUCAUAUUUUUGCCACCCCAAAUCCAGCUGUCUUUGCUUACUUCAGAUAGCCUAUUAGUCAUUUCAUUUUACAAAUAAACCAGCUCUCAAUUAAUUUUCAACAGAAUAAAACCUUUCUUUGUGGGGAGAAGGAGGUAUGGUUAUAGGGAUGAGUAAAUUGGUUAAACUGAGGAAGUAUGGUCCCUAGCCACCUUCCCAAUAAGUUUGUCUUCUCAAACACAUGGUUUCUCUUAGGUUAAUAAAGUUACUGAUUUUUUUUUUGGUUCCAAGGAGUUGAUAAAAAUGAAGUAAAAACUUGUUGAGUGUUUUACAAUUUGGACUUAGUUACAAUAUCUUUGUGUGUGUGUGUGUGCGCGUAUGUGUGUGUGUGUGUCCCUGUCUCUUUCAGUAAAGCCUCCACAGACUAUGAACUGAUUUUUAAACUUUUUGUUUUCUUGUACAUUUUUUUUCAAGUAUUUUUGAACAUCAAAAGAAUGGCAUCUGUAGGUCCUACUCCUGGGUUAACAAUGUAUAUCUGCUUUAGAUGAUUAUUAUGUUACUCGAAGUAAACAAACUACAUUAUUUUGAAUUCAAAUAAAUUUCUAUGCUGA